AUGAUAUGGAAGGCUGCACUUCUGGAAGGUCGCCAUGUCUUUGCAGACGAUUGGGAAAUUGGAACAUGGCAUCUCCUACCAUUACUUGAGGUGUCUAAUGCUAAGAAUUCCCUCCAAUUGGCAUGCAAAGAAUCACAUGAAGUUGUACAAGAACGUUAUACGUUUGUAUUCCAACCAAUGAGUGAUGGGGAGGCGGCACAAGACCCUGAAAACGUUACCGCGCUUAAUCUUCUACCUUUCAACCCGGACAAAGAUAUCGUACAUACAUACUUAUGGUUAGAGGAGAGAGACACUUGGGAACAUGAAUUAUCGGGACUUACUCCAGUCAAGCAUCUGUCGCUGGAUGGCGAAUAUUUAUAUGAUAUAGACGCAAUCGAACGUAUAGAAGCUGCAUGUCCAAAUCUCGAAAUUCUGACAAUUAGAGUCGAGGGAAAUGAUUUCUUUCGGGACCUCGUUGGAUAUGAUCCCCGUGUCGACCUUGAAUGCAUAGAGAUGAAUUCCAGUUUCCUUGACAAUCUGGCAGCCAGAAUAUCCGAUGAAAUGAGUUCUUGGAAGACACAGCGCAUUAGAAAUUUAAGAGACAAGUACAAUAAACACACAGAGCUUUUCGAUCGCACCAAGGGAAGAAACUCUGAGUAUUGGAAGCGGGUGAACAUGAGGGUCGUUUUGUUACAGAAGCCAGUUUACAGUUGGCCAAGGCGACAUCGUAUGUAA